GGUAACUUAUUAGUAUUUCUUUUUUUUUGGGGAGCGGCCGGUAAAUUAAGAAACCUCGAACCGCCAAAUCAAUUAUUAAGUACUAUUUUAGGUUGGGUAGCAAAAGAUAGAAGAAAUUUUAAUGGCGGCUCGCCAAAUUCAGAGGCGAAUUCUGAGUCUUCUCACCACUAACCAACCUCAAGGAUUACCAUGGAGUUCUGUUUCUCCUGCAAGGUCAUCUUUUCGCACGAACGAUAUAUGUUCAAGAAGAUGUUUUCGAACGGUUGGAGAAAUCACCAAGCAGGCUGUUGAUGUAGGGGAAAACAAUAAAAAUCGCGAUCCAAAUGCUAAUGCUGAUUCUUCUUCUAUUGCUGCUGAUGCAGUUGUCUCUAGUAUCAAGAAAGAGACCACAUACAACUACACCGUGCAAUCUAAACUGAAAACGUCCCCAAGACAUGAUCUGAUGAUGAUCUUCACUUGCAAAGUAUGUGAAACCAGAAGCAUGAAAACAGUUUGCCGCGAGUCAUAUGACCAAGGUGUAGUGGUGGCUAGAUGUGACGGUUGUAAUAACAUACACCUUAUUGCUGAUCGACUCGGGUGGUUUGGUCAGCCUGGUAGCGUGGAAGAUUUCCUGGCUGCUCGCGGAGAGGAAGUGAAAAAGGGUUGUGCUGAUAGUUUAGGUUUUAAACUUGAAGAUCUGGCGGGAAAGAAAACCAUGGAAACUAUUAGGGAAGAAGUAGAAUCCAAAUCUGAGAUUUAGAAGUAAUCUAAAUAUUGAAAUUGAACAAGUUGAUUUUGUAAUGUGAGGUAGUGGUGUGGACUGCGUACAUUUUACCUUGCUCAGGCCCACUCUGUGGGAAUACACUGUGUAUGUUAGUUGUUGCAAGAGACUUACAUGGCUGUCAGUGUUGAAGAAAAGCUAAACCAACACUGUUGCAAUCAGGCUGUCUGAUUAAAUGGUGGGUCUGAUGUUACGAGUUUAAGUUAUAUACACUGACAUUGUAAAAGACUUUAAUAUUGCUUUUGUAGCGUGUUUGUACUGCGUGAUAAGAAUUCAUUACUAAGAUUUAAAGGCAAGUUCUAUAAAGUAGUGGUUAGACCUACA